UUCAAUAUAGAACUGCGCGCGCACACAGAAGCCUGCGCUUUUCAUUAAUAACAAUCAAAAAUCGAUAAAAAAUUAAUCGAAUUAAUACGUGUGAGUGUUUAUUUUGAGAUUUCUCUCUUUUUAAAGUUCAAGUAGCCGGUGUAGUAAGUUACGAAACAGUAACGAAAACCAGACCAAGUUACUUAACCGAAGUGAAGGGCCGUUUUCUCUGACCAGUUAGAAAUUAGGAAAUCUUAGAAUGGGAUUGCGAUAUGAAGCUGAUGGGACGCCGUAUGUUCAUUGGAAUGGACAUAAAAUAAAACUGGAAAGGGAACCUUUAAAUGAAAUUACGUUUAUUGAAAAAGCUGAAAAGGAACUGCGGGAGACGCCGGAAAAUGUGGAAAAAGCUUUAAAAGAGUUGAGGGAACUUCUCAAAGGUGAAACAAAUCUUGUGAUCCCGUUCGAGGACGAUGACUUCCUGAUGAAGUUUCUGAGACCUUGUAAGUUCUAUGCAGAGAGCGCGUUUAAAAAGAUCCAAGCUUAUUACAAGUUUCGAUUAGCCCACGAAUAUUACUGUAAAGAUCUGAGGCCGGACGCAGUGCGGUCAGCUUUCGACCACUCUGUCGUGUCCAUACUAUCUCCUCGAGACCAAGAUGGACGACGCACUAUGUUAGUUGAGUCUGGAGAAUGUUGGAAUUCCCGUGAAGUGCCGCUCGCUGAAGUAUUUCGUGGUGUCCAAAUGGGCCUUGAGUCAGCCAUGGUGGAGCCGAAGACGCAAGUGGCUGGGGUCAGCGUCAUAUUGAACAUGAAGGGCCUGUCCUUCACACACAUCAUGCAGUUCACACCAUCCUUCGCGAAGAUGAUCGUUGACUGGAUUCAGGAUUGUAUACCAAUGCGAGUGAAGGGUAUCCACAUAGUGAACCAGCCAUAUAUCUUCAAUAUGCUGUUCGCUCUAUUCAAGCCAUUCCUUCGAGAGAAGCUGCGAUCUCGAAUAUACUUCCACGGGACGGACAAAAACUCACUCCUCCAACACAUAAACGGGGUAGCUCUGAUGCAGAAGUUAGGUGGAACCUUGCCAGACAAUGAAAUUACUGGAGAUAUGAUUUGGAAUAUGCUGCACCAUUAUGAUGAGAAUUUCAGAGUAUUAAAUACCUACGGAUAUAUCAAUAACAAUAACAAGUAAACCGGGAUUGGUGCAACAUAUCAGAUGUAUUAUAGUUUAGUUUCAUUGCGAGGCUUCAUUAUGGAAACAACUUCCUUACAAUAUGUGGCGACUGUGAUCUUUAACUGGCUGCUGGGUCAUCAUAUUUUUAUCAUUUAGGGUUUACACGUGUGAACCCUAAAUAAAUUAUAUUAAACUGGUGACUUCAAAUGAUAUAAAUUUAAAUAAGCAGGUACUAGAAGUGACUUUACACAACACCGGCAAAUCUGAGCUAGAAAUACGUCAGCACGGCAACAACAGCAAUGACUCAACUGAGCAACGUGUGGCGACACAGAAGUACUAGCAAUCGAACUAAAAUACUCCUGGUGCUGAUACCUUGAAAUGUGUGUAUUGGUGUUGUAUGCUCCGAAUACCAUGGACGGCCCGUCGCACAAACAUCUGCAUCUUAAAACAGCUCCAGAUAGAGGAUGUUCAGCGUCUGUACAUGGUCUGCUUAUAGCGUUGUGUGAUACUGUGGUCAUGUUGCACGCAUGUACUAAAAGGUUGAUCCGACGAUCAAAUUACCAAAAAUCUGAGGAUCCCGCCGAAGGUCCGCAGGCGACGGAGCGAAACCUAUGGAUGCUCGUUGAUCAAUGUGAUCAACGAUAUGAGUCACGAUCCUCUGGCAUGAGAAAACUAAGAAGAAGAAGUGACAUGUCGCUUUACAGAGGACUUAUAGACCACCAGCUUGUAAGAAAAGAUUUAGUAUUAAUCGGAACGGCUUACGUAAAACAACGUGUAAAUAUGGUGUAUUUCAGUAUAUCUAAUUGCGGAAAUUCGACCUGCAACUAUACCAAAAUAAUACAUUUUAUUGGGUGCCUGAGUAUUUUACCUAAAAUACUGCUUUAUUAAAUAUAAUAUCUCUCAAAGUCAUAAGUCACAGUUUUUAUUUGCAUAAACAUGUUAGAUUGAUGUUACAUAAAUAUUAUAAAGUACAUGUUUGCCACAUUUAUGACGUGCAAAUUUUACAAAAUACUUUUCUAAAUCAUUAGUUCAAUAAUAUCAAUUUAACAAAGUUAGUAGCAGUAUUAUUUUUUAGUAUUAUAUUAUUUAAAAAAAAAGCAGUUUUUACUAAGGAAUAUUUUCAAUUUAGAUGAGAAAUUCCUAUUUGACAAUACCUCUCUUAUUAUGAUUGGGAUGUGAUUAUAGAUUUUUAUGCACAAACAUUUUUUUUUAUUACUGUUGAGUUACCCCGUAUUAUGAUACCAUAACUUAUUAUAGAUUCCACGAAAGCGUGGUAAGCCAUUAAAGCCGCUUUUUCCGAUAAAGUUUUUUUUCUCCUUAUUGCAAAAACAAACUUAUUAAGAUAAUUGUACAAUGAUUCAAUGUGAGCUUUCCAAUUACGAUUACUAUCCAUUAUUAUGCCUAAGAAUUUGAUUUGUUUAAUUUGAAAACCUCAUCAAU